AUGAGUCGAUUGGAAAGUCGUUCUUCUAUCCCCUCGUCACCGUGUUCCUCCUUUGUCGCAAAAUCGUGUAGCCCUUGUGACCCCCUCUCAACUGUGCGACUCCCACCCUCUGCUUGCGCCGCCCCCUCUCUCCGUUGGGACUCUCCCCUCCCUUUUCCCCUUCCCCUUCUCCCUCCCCUUAUCCCUCACCUUUUCCCUCCUUUUCCCCUUCCCCUUCUCCCUCCCCUUAUCCCUCACCUUUGCCCUCCUUUUUCCCCUUCCCCUUCUCCCUCCCCAUUCGCCCUCAUCUUUCCCCUCCCGUGUCCCCGUUCCCGUCUCCUUCCUUUUCCCCCUCUCUUUCCUCUCUCCCCUCCCCAUUUCCCCUCCCCGUUUCCUCCUCCUUCUCCCUCCUCUUUCCGCCCCCCCCCCUCCCUCCCCUGUCCCCUACCAUUUUCCCUCCGCUUUCCCCUCACAAUCUUCCUCCCAGUUACCCUUUCUCCCGUCCCUUUCCCGAGUGCUUUCCCCAUCUCUUUUCCCCCUCACUCCCAAGCUUCACUACAGUGGGACAAACAAAGACAGAGGGGCACACCACACAUAGGCAUACACACUAUGCGGAGCUUCAUAGGCAAGGUGGUGUCGAGCAAGAUGCAGAAGAGCGUGGUGGUGGCGGUGGAUCGCUUCAAGGCGCACAGCAAGUACCCCAAGGUGGUGCAUUCCACCAAGAAGUUCAUGGCGCAUGAUGAGAGCAACGAAUGCGCCAUGGGCGACCAGCUCCUCCCUCUCGUUUCCCCCCUUUCUCCCUCUCGUUCCCCCCCCCCUCCGCCUCUCAUUUCCCCCCCUUCUGCCUCUCGUUUCCCCCCCUUCUCCAUCUCGUUUCCACCCAUCCUCCCUCUUGUUUCCCCCCUCCACCCUCUCGUUUCCCCCCCUUCUCCCUCUCGUUCCCCCCCCAUCCGCCUCUCCUUUCCCCCCCUUCCGCCUCUCGUUUCCCCCCCUUCUCCCUCUCAUUUCCCCCCCUCCUCCCUCUCGUUUCCCCCCCUUCCCCCUCUCGUUUCCCCUCCUUCUCCUCUCAUUUCCCCAACUUCUCCCUCUCAUUUCCCCCCUUCUCCCUCUCAUUUCCCUCUUCCCCCUCUCAUUUCCCCGCUUUCCCCCUCUCGUUUCCCCCCCUUCUCCCUCUCAUUCCCCCCCCUCCUCCCUCUCGUUUCCCCCGCUCUUCCCUCUCGUUUCCCCCCUUUCUCCCUCUCGUUUUCCCCCCUUCCGCCUCUCAUUUCCCCCCUUUCCCGCUCUCGUUUCCCCCCCUUAUCAAUCUCGUUUCCCCCCCUUCUCCCUCUCAUUUCCCCCCCUCCUCCCUCUCGUAACUCCCCCUUCCCCCUCUCGUAUUCCCCCCUUCCCCCUCUCAUUUCUCCCCCUCCUCCCUCUCGUUUCCCACCCUUCUGCCUCUCGUUUCCCCUCCUCCUCUCAUUUCCCCAACUUCUCCCUCUCAUUUCCCCCCUUCUCCCUCUCAUUUCCCUCUCUUCCCCCUCUCAUUUCCCCGCUUUCCCCCCUCUCGUUUCCCCCCCUUAUCCCCCUCAUUUUCCCCCUUUCUUCCUCUCAUUCCCCCCCCCUGCUCCCUCUCAUUUCCCCCCCCUGCUCCCUCUCAUUUCCCCCCCUGCUCCCUCUCAUUUCCCCCCCUGCUCCCUCUCAUUUCCCCCCCUGCUCCCUCUCAUUUCCCCCUCUGCUCCCUCUCAUUUCCCCCCCUGCUCCCUCUCAUUUCUCCCCCUGCUCACCCUCACUUCCCCCCUUUCUCCCUCUUCAUUUUCCCCUCUCCUUCCCCUCAUUUCGCCCUCUCCUUCUCCUCAUUCACCCUUUCCUUACCCUCAUCUCCCCAUCUCGUUUCUCGCAUUUCCCCUACUCCGUCCCCUUGUUUCCCCCUCUCCCCUCAUUUCAUCCUCUCGUUCCUCUUGUUUCCCACAUUUCCCCUUAUCCGUCCUCUCCUCUCCCUUUCUCCGUCCCCUCCUUUACCCCUCCUUCCCCUCAUUUUCCCCUCUCCCUCCCCUCAUUCCCCCCUCUCCUUUCCCUCGUUUCCCCCCUCCUUACCCUUCCCUGCCCCCACCCUGCCGGCAGGUGAGUGUGCUCAUGCUGCUGGCGCGCGUGAGGGAGCUGCAGCGCCCUCACAUGCUGCACACUUGCCCUUGUCUAUAA